AUGUCGGUGUCGGUGGCAGAUGCUCCUGCUGGGGGAGUCCUACAAGUGGAGAUCAAGAAAAGAUCCAAAGUGCCUGGAGUAAUGAUCACGCAGUACGUACAGGAACUCCCCCACGGGAAAACUACCCCUGAUUUUACCAGAAAACCCAUCGCUGCCACAGUUCAAGAGGGUAAAAAUGCCGUUUUUCGAGCAGUAGUGACAGGAGAACCUGCACCUACAGUCAGCUGGGCACGCAACAAAGGAGACGCCUCAGAUCCAGAGAAAUACAAGCCAAAAUAUGAUGAAAGGUCCAGAGAAUAUAUUUUAGAGAUACCAAACGUAUCAGGAGCACAAGCAGACACAUACAAGUGCUUUGCUACAAAUUCAUUUGGGAAAGCUGUUUGCACUGCCACACUGACUGUUAUUGAGGCUGGAUUCAAGAAAAAGAAAGAUAAUACACAAAAUGACCCUGAAGACUUUAGAAAAAUGCUCAAGAAAACAACAGUUGUGAAGAAGAAGAAAAAAGAAAAGCCAAAGAAGGAAGGAGACAUCGACCCAAAGUUCUGGGAGAUGCUGCUGAGCGCCCAGAAGAAAGACUAUGAGCGUAUCUGUCGUGAGUUCGGAAUCACUGAUUUUCGCUGGAUGCUGAAAAAACUUAAUCAGAUGAAAAAGGAGAGAGAAGAGGAGCAGGCAAAGGAUGGUGAGGAGCUUGAAUACAGCAAAGGUGCUGAUGACUCUUCUAAACACAGUAUGAGCAAAGCUGGUGAUAAAUACACCUUUAGCAUUAACAGUGUUGGCCUACAGGAUGCUGGACUAUAUCAGGUUGAUGUUGAGGAUGCCACCAUUUUCUCAACAGACCUUAAAAUUCCUGAUGUGGAAUUUGAUGGUAUGCUGAAAGAUGCUAAGGCUGUUGAAGGACAGGACGCUUUAUUUGAGUGUGUUCUCUCUGGUCCUGCACCAAAAAUCACCUGGUGUGCCAAAGAUGUCUCUGUUGAGCAUGGAGAUAAAUAUAAUAUCACCGUAUCAGAGGACAUGCUUACUCACAGAUUGGUGGUAAAGAACUGUACACCAGAGGAUAAGGGCGUCUAUGCAGCUAUUGCUGGUGUCAAAUUAAGCAAAGCUUCCCUGACUGUGGAGGCAUAUUUAUUCCACAAUGGGUAUGUUCUACAUGCAGAUGAUCCAAAUGCCCUUCGGAGAGGACAGAGUGGUGCAGAUGAUGCCAACAGCCUGGCCAGGCUGAGGAAGGAGAGGGAUGAAGCCGGGGGGAAAAGUCAGGCUGAGAGUAACGCUGCAGCCAAAGCAGCUGGAGCUGAUGGUGGUAGUGGUGGGUCUGGCAUUGGAGAUUGGACUGGAGGAGACAAAGGUGGGAGGUACGGGUUAGGAAAAGAUGGAUCUGGAGGAGAAGGAUUAGGAAGAAACGGCUCUGGACAAGGUGAACAAGGAAAAAAUGGAUCUGGACAAAGUGGAUUAGGAAGAGACGGGUCAGGAACUGGAAAUGGAUUAUCAGGAGGUGGAUUAGGAAGUGAUGGAUGUGGUGGAGAUGGUUCUCUUCAAGAUGGACUUAAAGAUGGUCAGCUAUUUUUAAUUAAGAUGUCAGACAUAUACGCAAUUCGUGGCCAACCUGCAGAACUCAUGUGUAAACUGACCUCUGGGGACUAUAAUGGAAUUUGGUCUAAAGAUGGAGAAAAGAUCUCCUCAAAACCUGGAUUGACUACAUCAAAAGAAGGGGAUACUCAUAAAUUGAGUAUUCAAUGCUGCAAAGAUUCAGAUGCUGGGCAGUACCAAUUUGAAGUUAAUGACUGUCAGACGGAUGCCAUGUUGGCAGUUGGAGAUGCUCCAGAGUUUGAUGCUGAUGACUUAAAGAAAUUCUCCAAUCCUGUGAUUAUAAAAGAAGGCCAAACAGCAUCCUUUAAGAUGUCAUUUUCACCCCAGCCCUCUUUGGAGAUCAGGUGGUUUAAAGCUGUCUCUGAACUUCUGGAUGGUGGUGGGGUCAAAGUGGUAAAGGAACCAAAUCACAGCCGCCUUGUGAUGAAAGACUGCCUGCGGUCUGACUCUGGAGAAAUUAAGAUCCAACUUAGAAACAAGUUUGGGACGGUUACUGCUGUAUCCACACUUAUUGUGCUCAGUAAGCCCAGUCCACCAAAAGGACCAGUAGAGUUGAUUGACAGCACAGACAAUAUCAUUGAAUUUAAAUGGAACCCACCAAAAGAUGAAGGUGGCUCAAAAGUGACAAAUUACAUAAUUGAGCGCCAACAGGUAGGGCAGAGUACCUGGAAGAAAAUGAGUGAUGUUUCAUCCGAUCGCACAACCUUCAGAGAUAAAAACGUAUCCCAUGGUAAGAGAUACAUCUACCGCAUUUAUGCUGAGAACCCAGAGGGCAUCAGUGAGCCACUGGAAACCGGGAGCAUCAUGGCUGUGUUCCCUGGAGCACCAGCUCCUCCUAAAGUGGUCAGUGCCUUUAAGAACUGUAUACACUUAGAGUGGACCCCUCCUGAGAAGGAUGGAGGUACAAAAAUCCUCGGUUACCAGCUGGAGAAACGCAAGAAAGACACGAACCAAUGGAUAGCUUUGAACCCUGUCAAUGAGCCUAUUGAAGCUCUGAAAUAUGCUGUAAAGGAGGUAUCAGAAGGAUCAGAAUAUGAGUUCAGAGUGUCGGCUAUUAACGCCUCUGGAGCUGGAGAACCCAGUGGCCCCUCGCUGAUGGUCUGCGCUAAAAAUCCUAACAUGAAACCUCACUUCAAAGAUCCGGAGGAUUUUAUGGUUGUGAGAGCUGGAAAUUCAGUCCGGAUCCUAAUUAAUUAUGAGGCAUCUCCACCACCAGAAAUUACAUGGCUAAAAGAUGGUGCACCAGUGUCUCCAUGGAUUAACAUUAUCAACACUGAGGGAACAUCCAUGCUCGUCAUUCCCAACUCAAAGCAUGCAAACUCUGGUAUCUAUACAAUUAAAGCCAAAAACUCCAGUGGUCAAGCUAGCUUUGACAUUGAAGUCAGAGUAACAGAUGAACCUAAGCGACCAGGCCCAGUUUCACUGGAGCAGUGGGUCCAUGGUAAGGUCAUCAUUACUUGGGCUCCUUCACCAGAUCAGGAGCUGGAUGACCGGCUGCACUACAUGGUAGAAGAACAUAACUCCAACUCUCGUGUUUGGCGCACAAUAGCUGACCGGCUUUUCUGCACAACCCACACCACCAACGUCCAAUCAGGGCAAGAGUACCACUUCAGAGUCUACGCCAAGAACGAUAUGGGACUCUCUGAGCCCUCAGAAUCACCAACAUGGGGUGUUAACAGCGAUAAAGUUUCACCAUCUGCAGGUGUUUCAACCAUGAUCACAUUUGAGAGACCCCCCUCCAUCCUGGUUCCUCUGAAGGUUCAUAUGCCACCAAAGGGCUACCAGUGCUACAUGACCUGUGCUGUUCGAGGAUGCCCUGCUCCUAAUGUGUCCUGGUACCAGAACGGCAUCUGUAUCGACUCUAAUCAUCACUAUUAUAUUACUAAUGUACAUGGAGUUUGCUCCAUGUAUAUCCUGAGAGUGAUGCCUGAUGAUGAGGGCGAGUACAAAGUGGUGGCCGUCAACUCUUUUGGCAAAGCAGAGUGCUCUGCGAAACUUCAAAUAAAAGAUUGAACCUCUGGAUGAUGGAUAUCUGGAUCUGUAUUUCACCUUCAUUUUAUUUAAAUGAAAUGCUUAAUUUAGAAUGAACUUCUAGUGCACAAAUGCUGAUAAAUCAUCAACAGGACAUUUGAAUAAACUGUAGUAAUUAAACUUUGCCUCCUUGCUUAACCUUUGGGUUGCAGCAUCAAUAAAACUGAGAAUGUAA